AAAGUUCCAUUUUUAAUAUAAUACAGCAGAAAGAGGACACGAAAUAUGAUCCACCAAACUUUGAAAAUUAAAUUCAUUUUUGAUCUGUGAGGAGAAAGGGGAUGAACACCCUCUCUCACCAACACUAACCAUUAACUGAGUGAGCAGGGUUGAAACCAAAGAACAAAAACGUGUGUUGUUUUUCUUUUGUGAGCAAAAGAAGAAAGUGAUAGUAACACUUAGUGGAAGUGAUAGUCCUGCAUUUUGAUGACAUUUCAGAGGAACUACAAUGGCCAACAAGGGAAGUCCAAUGCAUGAGAAGAUGCAGAAAAACCUUUGCACACAACUUGCUGUUGCAGUGAGAAGCAUUCAAUGGAGUUAUGGGAUCUUCUGGGCACCUUCAACCACUGAAGAAAGGGUGCUGGAAUGGAGAGAAGGGUACUACAAUGGAGACAUCAAGACAAGAAAAACUGUUCAAGCCAUGGAAUUGGAAAUGAAAGCUGAUAAAAUAGGUCUGCAGAGGAGUGAGCAAUUGAAGGAACUAUACAAGUUUCUUCUUGCAGGUGAAGCUGAUCCACAAACCAAAAGGCCUUCUGCUGCAUUAGCUCCAGAGGAUCUCUCAGAUUUGGAGUGGUAUUACUUGGUUUGCAUGUCCUUUGUUUUCGGUCACAAUCAAAGUUUGCCGGGGAGAACACUGGAAAUUGGUGACACAAUCUGGUUAUGCGAUGCUCAACAUGCAGACAGUAAAAUUUUCUCUCGUUCUUUGCUAGCAAAGGUUGGAUUUUACUUCUGAAUUUGAUUCAAUCAACACAGUGACUUACUGUUCUUCAUAUGUAUUUUUAUUACUGGUUUUUAAAGUUUACUAAAACUUU